AUGCUUGGGGAUGGAAAAUGUGAUGAGGCAUGCAAUAACUGAGAUUGUACAUUAGAUAAUCAUGACUGUGGAGCAUGCGCUAGUGGAUGCUUUCCCGAAAUGCUAGUUCCACCCAUACGUGAGUGAACAAAACCAUUGGGUAAAGCCAUAAUUUUUUGGUAAAAACCCACACUCUACGAGCAAGCAAAAAGAUUUUAAAUAUAAUUUUUUAUAAAAAAAAAUUAUAUAAAUGAUAAUGCUAUGAUAAAUCUCUAGCUAAUUCUGUUGAAUUUAAGCAGAUUUCUUUUUAAAACAUAAAUUUUAUACUUAAAUUAAUAUUCGCUUUAAACUAUUUCAAAAUAAUUUUUUAAGUUUUGAAAAAAAUUUUUUAUAUAAAUUUAAAAAAAAAUUUUUAACUCACCUCAAUGUGAACAAUAAUUUUUUUUCUCUUAUGGAGAAGGAAGUAAGCAACGGAUUUUGCGAUCCUGAAUGCAAAAAUUAUGACUGCUAUUAUGAUUAUAAAGAUUGCCAGUGUGCUGAAGGCUGUGAUUAUUUAGAAUAUGGACAAUGUAAGCCUGAAUGCCUUGUGGCUUCAUGCAAUUAUGAUAGAAUGAGCAAAUAUUUUGAUUUUCAAUGUCAGGAUGCUUCUUUAAUGAUAUUUUCUUCAUACCAGCAAAAUAUUCGUAAAGAUUUCACAUACGUAGCCCAUUUAGAAGAUUGUUACAGUGCUUCAAAUAAUGCUUGCACUCAAGCAAAAGUUUUCGAUUUACUCCAUCACAAAAUUUUUUAAUAAAUCAUUUUUUAUAUAGAGAAUUUAAAUUUAUAUAUUCGUUUAUUUGAUUAAAUUCUUCAAAUUAAAUAUGGCGUCUUCGUCUGGGCAUGGCCUCCCGGUCAUGCAGCCUCGACUCAUAUUUAAUUAUAUCCGGCAAGGUUUUACCAUUCUAGAGAUGGACGGCAAUACUAGGUAAGCAAUUCUGGUGGUGUUCAGAGCCUAGUCCUAGUCUAUUCUCAAGGGUGGAUUUUUCCUCGUGGGGAAGGAGGGCACGGAGUUGGAAAGGGGAAGCUCAGCAGAGUCCGUUAGGACCAAUCGGGCAACUCCCUAGCGUGAAAUUGGGCGUUACGUCCCAGACUACGUGUUUUUUCUUUUUGCCGAUAGCCGACCAGAAAAAUCCAUUUUUUGGGUUUUUCGGAAAAGCAACCCAUGUAUCAAGCAAGUAGCUCACCCAUGAGUCGUCGAAGCCGGAACACUUUCCCGAGGAGCACCCUGGAGAUCGAAGCAGGCCAUUCCCUGCGACCUGUGGGGCCGAUGCGACGCAAGGCGAGUGGUUGUACCUGGGGUUGUCACCCCGUAGUGGACGCUGAGCGUUAUAAAUUCUAUAAGAUAAGAUAAGAUUAAAUUCUUCAAAAAUUUAAUUAUUCACAGUUUGAGUUAUCAACUUGUUAUCAAGAAUGCAAUAUUCUGGAAUGUAACUACUCAAAUGGAAAUUGUAAUUCUGAAGGAUCUCAAGACUCUGACUGCUUAAGAACUUACGGAGAUGGUAGCCUUGGUAAAUGUAUGUCUUGUAUGACAUAUGCUUUAAUUUCUGGAGAAUGCACGUCAAAUCAAGACUCAGAUCUUAUCAUUUCUCCAGACGAGUCGUUAGUUAAGAUUUUUUCCGAAGAUAGAUCUACCUUGAAAAACCCUUAUAUCUAUUUUGUUACCUCUGUUCUCAGUGAUUAUAUUUGAAGUGGUGACGGUACCUUCCUCUCUCCUUACCAAGAUUUAAACUCAGCUAUAAAAUAUUCAAACUACAAUUAUUCAGUUAUUUACCUCAAAGAAGACGGAGAUUACCAAGGUUUAAGAGAAAAUGAGAUAGAUGAAGGAAGAUACCACCAAUUCAUAGCACGCAGAAAAGAUAAAUUAUAUCUAAAAUUAACGACGCUGAAUGGUGGAAAUAUAACGGUUUAUGGGAUCACUGAUUAUUACAAUUAUUGAUCUUUAAGUUUUUCUAAUGGCAUUUUAGAAAUCAAUAAUGUAAUUUUUGAUGGAAAAUUCAGAGAAUGUGCAGACACAGAAUAUUGCGAAUAUUGUCCUUAUGUUGAACAAGACUGAAGCUCUAGUAGCUGAUAUGUAAAUGAUAGAGGGGAAGAGAUUUGGAAUUAUGUUGAUAUGGAUAUUUGCAGAAAAUUUCAUGACUACUAUUUUAUUGAUGUUAAUGAAGGGAGUUUGAUUAUGAGAAAUGUAAGUUUUAUUAAUUUCAGAAUGGGAUUUGCUGCAAUUAUUCGAGCAAGAUAUGAUAGUAACGUUUUGCUUUACAAUGUGACUUUCGAUAAUAUUUGGCUUGCAAACAAGGAGGAAGCAGCUGUUAUUUACUUAUUUCCCGAUUUUAUAAUGAAAACAUAUUUCGUAUUUUAUAAUUUUAUAUUUAUUUUUUUAUAUUUUCAUGAUUUUAAAAGAUUGGCUAGAGAAAACAUAAAAUAAUCAAAGAAUUCCAAUCAAUAUUUGAUUUAAAGAUGCUAAAAUUUAUGGUAUUUAUUAGGAUUUUUAAAAGAAUUUAAGUUAUAAGCGAUUAUAAAUAUAGUAAACAUCAUUUUUUAAAUUUUUUAGAUAUUGAAAAAGAAAAACAAUUUUAAUUUUGGGGAAAAAUUUUAUGGUUUUAUUCGCUAUUAGAGAAGAAGUUAGACAAUGAUUGUACGAACAACGCAGAAGAUACUUGCAGUAGCUCAUUUUAUUAUGAAAUUGGUAAAGUUAGUCGCUUAAAUAAUGGGUAUGAGUAUAACGAUCCUCUCAGUUUUCGAGGAUUUUUAUAUGUGAAAAAUAUUAUUGAUAUAAAUAUUAUAAAAGUGGAAUUCGGAUAUAACUUAGUUUAUAGCUACUGAUAUGAUGAUAUAGAAACAGCGUCUUUACUUACUCUCUUUUUGUUUCAAAAAUUAGAGAUUGAGUCGUGCAUAUUUUCAUAUAACUAUUGCGAAUUGGGGAUAAUAAAUAUACAAAACGAUGGAACUAUUCCUAUAAUGGAAACUAAUGAUAGAGGAGUUGUUAAAUAUUCUGCUCUCAGAAAUAUUCAAAUUAAAAAAUCAUUUUUUUCGUCGAAUUAUGUGAAAAAUAAUGGCUUAAUUUCUAUUCGCUUUGAGGGAAAAGCUCAAAAUAUACUUAUAAACUCUACAUCGUUUGAGGCAAAUGGGGUUAAAAAUAACGGCUUGAUUUAUAUUAGCAGUGAGGAUGAAGAAAAUUUAGUUGUUUAUGAUCAAGAUGUAGAAUUUACAACAUCAUCAGGACUAACUACUACUGCUAAAUAUUUAGCUAGUUGGUUAAAGGUCCUAAACUCUAAAUUUAUUAAUAAUUUCUCUGGAGAUGUAGGGCUAAUUGAAAUACGCAGAAUGGCGAAUGUAGAAAUUACCUACACCCAAAUGGAUAGAAAUGGUGGGUCUCCGAGCACCAUCAAUGAUUUUAAUUCUAUCCUAUUAAAAUAUUUUAUCAAGAAUCCUGAUAUUUAUUUAAAAAUUGAAGCUUCUUCUACUCAAAAUUUGUGAUGUUUUGCAUUAUCAUCAAUAUGAGAAUCAGUUAAUUUUGCGAUGAAGCAUUUAAAUGCUACAAAUAAUUACUGCGAACAUUGAUCUCCUAGUAUUAUAAUUGCUAGAUUAGAAAAUGUUACUUUAGACCAUUUAUAUUUUAAAGAAAAUAAUGCUACAAGCACAAAUGGAAUUUGCUUAGCUUUUGGCUACCUUAAAACUGCUACUAUAAGCAAUUCAGAAUUCAGCUGGAAUAAAAAUAAUUUCCAAGGAGGACCAGGAGCCAUUGAGUUUGCUAUGCAAGUAGAAAAUUUAACUCUUAUAAACUCCACAUUUACUGGAAAUUCUGCAGGUGUAGGAGGCGCAGUUUAUUUUUCAGGCUUUAAUAUCAAUAUUGAUAACUGCAAAUUUGAGUCUAAUUCAAUUUAUGAUUUAUCUGGAGGAGCCCUUUAUUUGUCAUUAGCCUCUCAAGAGCCAAAUGCUGCUUUAUCUAUUUUUGAUACGAUAUUUUACAAUAAUUCCUGCACAAAAAAUGGCGGAGCUGUAUACGUCUCUCAAAAAUCCAUUUCAAGCUCAAUCACAUCUGUAUUAAUUACAAAUAUAACUUUUUCAGAUAAUAAAGCUUCAUAUGGAUCCGGCAUUUAUUUUGAUGAAUCAAUAAACUUAUCAGAUAACAUUCAAAUAAUGGAUUCUACAUUUCACAAUAACUCUGCAGCUGAAUCAGGAGCAUUUUAUAUUCAAAAUAUUAAUAUUGGCCUUUUUUUAAGCAAUACUAAAUUCAUUGAAAAUACCGCGAAAACCUGCUCAUCUCUUCAUGUAUCUAAAAACCAAAAUGCAAAUAAAAAAUUAAGCUUAAAUCAAUGCAGCUUUCAGUCUAAUUUUGGAUUGUCAACAGUCCUGGUUGAUUCAAGCAAAGAUAUUAGCUUAGAAACAGAUAAUUGUUUAUUUGAGUAUAAUAAGGGAACUACUUUUUUGCUUUAUAAUACUAUCAUAAAUGACAACAAUUCUACUUUCCAACAUGGAUAUUCAUCAUCUUCUGGAGCAGUCAUAAUGAUGAAAAAUUCAGUAAAAAUGCAUUCAGUUAAUACAAAAUAUAUAAACAAUACCAGUGAACUAAAUGGAGGAGCUAUCUCUGUAAGCGAAAAUUCUAAAUUUUCAUGCUUUUCCUGCAAUUUUAUCGAAAAUAAAGCAAAUGGAUCUGGAGGUGCAAUAUAUGCUGACACAUAUAUUGAAAUAAAAGAUUCAAAAUUCUUAAAAAAUUCAUGCCAAGAUGAAGGAUCAGCUUUAAAAAUUGUCAGAGCUUCCAAAAAGACCACAAUACAGAAUUGCGAAAUAAGUGAAAAUCAUUCAUUAAAUACUGGAUCAAUUUUUGUUCUAUUUUCAGAAAUUGAUAUCGAUUCAUCUAUUAUAAAGAAAAACACAGCAAACGGAGAUAAUCCUGGGAUAAUUCUUGACGAUUCCAAAAUAAAUAUAUUGAAUGUUAGUUUUUCUAGUCAAGAAGGAAAACAAGGCUGCUUUAUUAAGCUAAAAUCAGGAAGUUUUGCUCUAAUUCAAAAUUCAAGCUUUACAGAUAGUCAUUCAUCUAACUCUGGAACUGCAAUUUAUUCUCUAUCAAGUGCUACAAACAUUUCAAAUUCCAUUUUUUCUGACUUAUCAUCAAAUAAUGGAGGAGUUUUCUUUAUUUAUAAAGAAAGUUCAAUUUUGAUUAAUGAUUCGAUAAUAGAAAACAUCAAAGGAUCGUCAAUCGACUCAUAUGCUAGUUUUAUAAAAAUACAAAAUACCCAAUUUAUCAACAAUGAAAACAGCGCUAUUGUUGGAAGUGGUCUUCAUGCCUUAGAAAUAUUCAACUCUGAAUUCUCUGGGUGUUUAGGAGCUAAUGGAGGCGGAUUGUAUUGCUCACAAUGCCAGGCAAUCUCUGUAGAUUCAUGCUUAUUCAGAGGCAACACUGGUUCAUCAACUGGCGGUGCGAUAUAUAUUACAACUGAUACCUCGAUAGAAAAUUUAUACAAUAUAUCUUCCACUAAGUUUUUGUAUAAUAAAGCAUUAGUUGGUGGUGCCUUAUCAAUAAAAAACUCAAAUAUAUCAGUUUAUAACUGCGAAUUUAUUGAAAACUCUGCUAGAAGUAGUGGAAAUUAUCAGAAUGGAAAAAUUGAUGGGACUGGUGGAGCGAUAGACACUUAUUGUGAAGACUUUGGUAACUGCAUAUUUAAUGUGUCUUCGAAUAUUUUCAAUAAAAAUAGAGCAGAAAACAAUGGAGGAGCAAUAAACUGAAAUGAUGUAAGACCGAUUCUUGAGAAUAAUAUUUUUAUCAGCAACUCUGCAAUAUAUGGGGAUAAUAUAUCUUCAUACGCUGUAAAGAUGAUUUCCUUGGAUAAUACAUAAGGAUCCCCCCCCUCAUUUGUCCAAUUUUCUAGUCUUUUAUCAUUUGUCCAUUUUUCUAGUUUUUUUUAUAUAGGAAAAAAAAUUUUUAGGACCUCAUUUCAAUUAUCCAAUUUUCUAGUCAAAAUUUUGAUAGAAAAAAAAAAUUUUCCAGAGCCUCAAUUGUCUUAUUUUCUAGUUUUUAAAGUAAAAAACUAAAAUUUAGGAGAUUCGAAAAAAUCCAAAAAAGACUAGAAAAUGGGACAAAUCAUUUUUAUCUAGAUUUUGGACAAAUGAGUUCCUGAAAAUUUUUUUUAUCCUAUAAAAAAAGGACUAGAAAAUUGGACAAAUGAGGGGUGGGAUCCUUACAAUGGAAAUCAGACAGAAAAUCACCACUUAAUGAGAAAUUUAGAACUUAAAGAUAUAGCAUCAGGGCAACAAGUUAAUCAGCCACUAGCCUUCGCACUAGUUGAUCAUUAUGACCAAAUUAUCAAAACAGAUAAUACAAGUCGAGCAGAACUCCAAACUGUAGGAGCAGGAGUGUCACUUUUAGGAUCUACAAAUAUUCAUGCUGUAAAUGGAACAUUUAUUUUCACUAACUAUACAAUUAUUGCGUUGCCAGGAUCUUCAGUUCAACUAAAAGUGUACAGCUCAGUAAUGGAUUCAUCUGAUCAAGCCUCAGAUAUUUAUAUCAGCGCUACCUUAAGACUAUGCAAAACUGGUGAAGCUACUAUUAAUAUGGCAUGCGUGGCUUGUGGAGAAUCAUAUUACAGUUUCAAUACAAGUGAUGCUGCUUGUUUACCCUGCCCAGAUCAUGCAAUUUGUUAUGGAAAUUAUUCAAUGGUACCUAAGCCAGGAUAUUGACGAGAAGAAAUGUAUUCACUGAAAUUUUGAAAAUGCCCAAGGUCUUCAUCUUGCUUAGGUUCCCCAGAUCCUAAUAAUUUAUCAUAUACUGGAGUCUGUGAUAAAGGCUACACAGGGAAGCUGUGUCAUUCUUGCCAAGAUAGAUAUGCAAGAUUAUAUAAAAACAAGUGCAAGAAUUGUCCAGACACUGUAGAAAAUAUAUUUCGAGCUCUCGGAAUGACAGGUGUUAUUAUUGCUAUCAUAUUUAUAAUAAUAAAAGCAGAAAGAAAAUCUUUACUUUACAUUAAGAUCAGUGGUUCAGCAUAUAUAAGAAUAUUUUGGGACUAUUUGCAUAUUCUAAUAAUUAUAGCAGCUUUUACUUUAAACUGGCCAGACGAGGUGCUACAGCUGUUUUAUGUUGCGUCCUCUUUAAACUAUAUCAAUGAAGAAUUAUUUUCUUUUGAUUGCUUUUUUCAGUCAGAAAAUUCACGAAAUAAAAUUUAUUAUGACAAGAUUAUUUUGACUAGCUUAUCGCCAAUUAUACUCGGCAGUUUAUGCUUAAUUAUAUGAAUUAUAUAUUAUUUGCUAAAAAGAAAGUCCUUUAGAGCUAUGAUAGGCGAUUUUACUAUAACUUUUAUUGUGCUACUUUAUUUAAUUCACCCACAUGCGAUAGGGACGUUAUUCAGUAUAUAUAGCUGCAAAGAAAUUAAUUCAGGGCAGUUUUGACUUAAUUAUGACUUACUCCCCCUUUCCAUAAGCGAACAAAAAAUUUUGUUCGCUCAAGAAGGGACUAAUAUUUUUUAAAUAAUUUAUAUACAAAUUUUAAAAUAAUUUAUUUUUUAAAUUUAAAAAGUCCCAAUUCGAAAUAAUUUUAAGCAAGUAUUAAUUAAUUUGUAAAGUUGAUGUUUCAGAACACAAUGCAUUUAAAACUAAGCAGAAUUAAAGAUAUUUUGCUAUAAUAAUAUCACUUAUAACCACUUAAAAAAAAAUUGUUCGGUCACGGAGGUGGGUUUUUUACCUAAAAAACAGUUAUUUUUCCAAAGUUUUUGCCCGAGUUAGGCAUUAAGUGCUGGACUUAUGAUCAUACUUUUUACGCCUUUUUAAUAGCACUGCCAGGAAUUAUUAUAUGAGGAGUUGCAGCUCCAAUAUUUUGUCUUACAAAAAUUAUACGACAUAGAAAAAGACUUGAAGAAAUUUUCUUCAAACAGAGAUAUGCCUUUCUCUAUCAAAGUUUCAAGCCACAGCGCUUUUAUUGGGAAUUCAUUAUCAUCUACUCAAAAAUUAUUCUGGUAAUUUUAUCAGUAUUUUUAGAGAAUAUUCCUGACUCAAUUCAAGGCUUUAUUAUAACAAUUAUAUUGCUUUUCUUCCUUCACAUUCAUAACAGGAAUAGUCCAUUCACAGAACCUCAUCUUAAUCAAGUGGAAUUCAUAGCAAAGUUUGUACUCCUGUUAACAAUUUUCAGUGGGCUUUUCUUUUCUACUAAAGAAUUAGACUAUUCAAGAAAAAUUGCUAUUUUUGUUAUAACACUCAUCUCAAAUAUCUCUUUUAUUGUUUAUAUUUUAUGCAAAAUAUUCAAAGAGCAAUUAAAGAUACCAAAACAGCUGCUUCUUUGGCUGAUAAAUACAAUUUUGAGAAGAUCAAGAUCAAAAUUAGGAGGAAGUAUCAUACUAGAUGUGGAUAGUACUCAAAUUGCUACUGCUGGCGUUAAUAAAAACUUAAACUUCACUGCACAGUCUAAAGUUAUCAACAGCUCACAAGAUUUUGAGAGUGAAAGCCUUCAUGUUAACAGUGGUCAAGAGAUAAUGUCAGAAGCAGAUCCUUGCCCUUCUCCUGACAUAAGCAUUUUUUCAGGUGGCCAAGGCAUUUAUUAG